AAUAAACUAGACAAAGCACUGUAAAAGUUGGGUUGUUGUUCCCGCUCCAGACCGAUGAGUGGCGAUAAUGCUGUUUAAGGCGAAGAUGAAGGCGAAUCCAAAACUCAGUUCGCACUGCCCUCUAGUGUAAUGAAUUGAUUAUGAAAAAUACAUCUGAUCCCUGCAGCUGAGAUUGCUAUUUGCGCUGUUUGUGUGUUCGGGCACUUUGCUUUUGGGCUAACCGAGCUCAUCGGUCCGGCAUCAGGGAGAUGGAGCAGAGGAGGAAGCCUAAAUCUGGGAUAUCUGUGUCCCAUCCUGACAAAAAGGACUGUGAUGAGUGCCAGUUCCUGAUUGGACAUGUGGAGCACUAGGUAAGAUCCAGUGGAGGAGACACUGCUUCAGACACUGCCCUGCCUUUAGACAAACAGGAUUUGAACCCCGGGGUCACGGACUCUCCAUAGCCCGAAGAGACAAUUCUUCAGUGUUAUUAUCGGAAAUGGCUAAUAAUAGAUGACAAGAAAGCCAGAGCGCACUUUUGGCGGAGUCUUCUUGUGUAGCAGCCGUAGCCAGAGAAGACAGCCGUCCUCAACUUGGGUAAAUCAUGAUCCCCAUAACUGAGCUACGCUAUUUUGUGGACACGCAACCUACAUAUCGCAUCCUAAAGCCAUGGUGGGACGUGUUCACCGACUAUUUAUCCGUCAUAAUGCUGAUGAUCGCAGUGUUCGGGGGAACUCUUCAGGUCACGCAGGACAAGAUGAUCUGUCUGCCCUGCAAAUGGGUAGUUAACAAGACCUGUAGAAAGUAUUUCAACGCAACCUUUUCCGUGCCAUUGGCUCUUGAGCCUCAAGGAAUCCAGUACGACCUCGAUCGCCACCAGUAUAACUAUGUCGACGCUGUGUGCUAUGAAAACAGGCUUCACUGGUUCGCUAAGUAUUUCCCGUAUUUAGUGUUGCUGCAUACACUCAUCUUUCUGGCUUGCAGCAACUUCUGGUUCAAGUUCCCUUGGACGAGCUCUAAACUGGAGCAUUUCGUGUCUAUCCUACUCAAGUGUUUUGACUCACCGUGGACCACAAGAGCUCUCUCUGAAACCGUAGUAGAGGAAAGCGACCCCAAGUGUCUGGUGAAAAUGAACGGUAGCUUUGAUAAGAAGGCUUCGUAUGUUAGCGAGGACGUCGAGGCCAGCGUUCCCAUGCUGUCCACAACAAGAUCUCGUAUUGAACAAGGAAUCGUGGACCACUCUGAAACUGGAGUCCUAGACAAAAAGGAAGGGGAACAAGCGAAAGCGUUGUUCGAGAAGGUGAAGAAAUUUCGAAUUCACGUUGAGGAAGGUGAUAUCGUCUACCGACUCUACAUCCGACAGACCAUCAUCAAAGUUGUCAAGUUUAUCCUGAUCAUCUGCUAUACCGGCUACUAUGUCCACAAUAUUCAGUUCAAUGUAGACUGCAAUGUGGACAUCGAAAGUCUCACCGGUUAUCGCAUGUACAACUGCGCCCAUCCCUUGGCCACUCUCUUUAAGAUCCUUGCCUGCUUUUACAUUAGCCUAGUGAUUGUGUAUGGCAUGAUCUGCGUGUACACCCUCAGCUGGAUGCUCCGGCGCUCCCUCAAGAAGUACUCGUUUGAGUCGAUUCGAGAAGAAAGCAGUUAUAGUGACAUCCCAGAUGUGAAGAACGACUUUGCUUUCAUGCUGCACAUGAUUGACCAGUACGACCCGCUCUAUUCCAAAAGGUUUGCCGUGUUCCUCUCGGAGGUUAGUGAGAACAAACUUCGCCAGUUGAAUCUCAACAAUGAAUGGACUUUGGAAAAGCUUCGGCAGAGGAUCACCAAAAACUCCCAAGAGAAGCUGGAGCUCCAUUUAUUCAUGCUGAGCGGGAUUCCAGAUACGGUUUUCGAUUUGGUGGAGUUGGAGGUUCUGAAACUCGAGCUUAUUCCUGACGUCACCAUCCCACCAAUCAUUGCCCAACUUACGAACCUCCGAGAGAUGUGGCUGUACCACACACCAGCCAAAAUAGAGGCUCCAGCUCUGGCGUUUCUCAGAGAGAACCUGAAAUCUCUGCACAUCAAGUUUACCGACAUAAAGGAGAUCCCUUUAUGGAUCUACAGCUUGAAGAAUUUAAGUGAGUUGCAUCUCACUGGGAAUCUUAGUGCAGACAACAACCGCUACAUCGUCAUUGAUGGUCUACGAGAGCUGAAGCGGCUCAAGGUUUUAAGACUCAAAAGUAACCUUACAAAGCUGCCUCAGGUGGUUACAGAUGUUGGCAUGCACCUUCAGAAAUUGUCCAUAAACAAUGAAGGCACCAAACUGAUGGUGCUUAACAGCUUGAAGAAGAUGGUGAACCUAUCAGAGCUGGAACUUGUCCGCUGCGAUCUUGAGCGGAUACCGCAUUCAAUCUUCAGCUUGCACAAUUUACAAGAGAUUGAUCUAAAGGACAACAACCUGAAAACCAUUGAGGAGAUCAUUAGUUUUCAGCAUCUCCAUCGACUUGUUUGCUUGAAGUUGUGGUAUAACCAGAUUGCAUACAUACCUAUCCAAAUAGGUACUUUGGUCAACUUGGAGCGCCUCUAUUUGAACCGCAACAAGAUCGAGAAGAUGCCACAUCAGCUGUUCUUCUGCCGGAAGAUGAGAUUUCUUGAUCUGAGCCAUAAUAAUCUGACUGACAUCCCAUCAGAAAUAGGAACUCUACAAAACCUGCAAUACCUUGCUGUAACUGCCAACAGAAUUGAGUCUCUCCCCCCUGAGCUGUUUCAGUGUAAGAAGCUGCGCACGCUGAACCUGGGAAACAACUGUCUGCAGUCUCUGCCCUCUCGUUUCGGGGAGCUCACCAGCCUGACGCAGCUGGAGCUCAGGGGCAACCGGCUGGAGUGCCUUCCUGUGGAGCUGGGCGAGUGCCGACUGCUGAAGAGGAGCGGACUUAUUGUGGAGGACAGCAUCUUCAACACUUUACCUCCAGAGGUCAAGGAGCAGCUGUGGAGGACUGACAAAGAGGCGUCCUGAACCAGACCACUCAACCUGAGCACUUGCCCUCUUGAGGAAUUCAAUGAGCAAUAGAAAGACGAUACCAGUUUGUCACCUUUCAUCAGAUUGUUUCCUGGAGAAAAGUGAGUAUUAUCAAAGUCCCUUUAAGGAAAGUAAUUUCACUCGGUGGCCAUCUUUGAAACACAGCUCGGGCGUUCUGUUCGAAUGGGGAAACAUCAAAUUCUCCAAAAUUGCUUGAUUAAAUUACAUAUUAGGAAUCACCAAUGAAAUUAAACAACAUCUGUCUCUUUAGUUUCAUUUCUAAACGUUCGAAUUUGCAGAAACUCGUAAAUGAAUUGUCAGACUAUAUUGAUUCAUGAUUGGCUCCUGUAAUAGUAGGCGGGGUUUCAUUCAUCAUAUUGACCGUUCCCCAUUUCAAAACUAAACGAGUGACAUGUCUUGUGUAUUCUAUAGUCUUUGGUAGUAUUCUGUGUUUUAUCUCAACACAGCGUUUCUGUUGGUGGACAGUGAGGAGUGAGCAGACCAAAUAUUAGAUCACAAUUAAGGUGCUGUUCAAUUUUGCCUUAAUAAUACACAAACACUAUUAAGUAUUAUAUUCGAAACAUUUUUACUGCAUUUUGUACCAGCGUUACUGUGUGUUACUUUGUUCGUGUGAAAUCACUCUACUGUUACCUAUUCAUCAAUCUAUCUACCCGUGUUAUUCAAGACUCUGAUUUACUUUUAUUUUUGCAUCUCAUUGAUAUGUGAACGAAUAAUUAAUAUAUUAUGAAGACACUUUUUUUGUUUUAUCUAUACAUGCAAUGUGCAUUGCAUGUAACACAAUUUCGUGUUAUAAAUUGCAUGAUUUAAAGUUUUUCAAAGGUUUAUAAACAUGCAUAAUUCAGAAAUUCAUCAUUUAAAAGUCACCUACAAACAUUAUUUUGUGUUAAUAAGCAUUAAUAGUUGCUUAAAUGAUUUCUAAUGUGUGCAGCUAUGCAGUAUUUAUUAAAGGUCCUGUGAAGUGCUUUGAAAUAUGCAUUUUUGUUCGAUGUUUGACGUAAUCUCAACUGAAACACAGUGUAGCUCCUCCCCCUUUUUAAAAAUCGCCAAUAGCGUCUUGUUUUAUCUCCGCUCUGCCAGUGAGAGUGGUUGAGCUCAAGCGCAUCAAAUGAAAAGUAAAUGAGAAGCGUCUUGAAGAGGGCGGGGCAUGUCAGAUACUAGAGAGCAUUUGAUUGGUUAUGAUUUGGUGACAAGCUGAAGCAUGAGGUAGCAUGAAUAAAAGUGUUGAUCCAUUUAAGUAGUGACCAACUUCAAGAUUUACAUGUUCAUAUCAUUUUUAUAUCUACUAAACGUGAAUUCUGUCACCAUUUUGGAGCGCACUAGCUUAUAGAUAUCUUAAAAGCUAACAAUACUGAUACUAACAUUUGGAAAACUUUAUUUUAAUUUCAUGGGACCUUUUAAAUGCUGCAAAGAAAUGUUAAAGACAUUUUUUUAAAUGUACACCACUAUCUACAGCUAUGAAAAUAUAAAAUAAUUAGGAGAUCACUUUGUUUCUCUAUUUGAAAUUUAUAGUUAUAUGUUUGAGUAAAACAUGAUAUUGGUUUUGUUCCACAGUCUAUUGAUGACAGUUUGUCUACAUUUAAAAUGUAAACGUCAUUUUAAGAAUCUUCACAAAAAAAUGAGAGUUGAUCAAAAUAACAAAAAUUGUCAUGUUUUCAGACAUGUUUAUAUUAAUUAUUAGACCACACAAUACUAAUAAAUUCAGAAAAGUAACUGUAACAUCUUAACUGUCUGGUUGACGUUUUGUCCACAGGUUACUAAAAAAACCCCAAAAUUUGCAUUGAGUGGUGUCAGUAAUGCAAUUUAAGUGUGUGUGUGAAUGUGAUAGUGUAUGGGUGUUUUCCAGUACCGGGUUGUGGCUGGAAGGUCAUCCGCUGCAUAAAACAUAUGCUGGAAUAGUUGGUGGUUCAUUCCGCUGUGGCCACCCCUGAUAAAUAAGAGACUAAGCUGAAGAAAAAUGGAUGAAUGAUUGAAAAUUAAAGGCUAAAAACCUAUUGUUUUUUGCGUAAUAACCCUGAUUGAAAAUAUUAAUUUUUUUCUGGAUAAAUGUAAAUAAUUAUUUUCAUUAUUAGAUGGCUCAAUACUAAUAAAUUCAGAAAAUUUACCAGUAACUGUAACAUCGUAACCGGCUGGUUAACGUUUUUUUCAUAGUUUAUCAUUAAAAAAAACACAAUUUUUCCAUUUUGUGGUGUCAGGAACACAAUUCAUCUAAGUAAUUGGUCUAAAAGACUUCUCGGAGUGAAAAUUAAAGGCUAAAACCUAUUUUUUUGUGUAAUAACCCUGGUUGAAAAAAUUUACUAUUCUGAUCAGUGGAAAAAUGCACUUAAUGGAAAUAUUUUUAUAUGAAAUUUGGAUUAAAUGUUAUCAGACUGCUAUUAAGGCUGGGUGAUUAAUCGAAAAGUAAUCGAAAUCGACAUUUUGAACCUUUACUCACUCAAAUUUUUCCAGGUCGAUUAUUUGGAUUACUUUCCCUACCAAGUCACGAGACCUCGAUGAACUGAAAAACGUUCAGCACUUUGCAACCAGAUCUGAUCUCUAUGGCGUCAUUUCAAUGACAAAUGUCGUGAGUGCAGUAUUACAAGUUGAGAGCGCAUUUAUGUAAUAAUCUCGCGCGCAGAUUUCCAAAACUUAUUGCGCGCUCUCAAAUAUACGCCGCUGAUUUAUUUAUUUAUUUUUUUAGAGGUUUUCCCUGCUGAGAAAUCCAGUUUAAACCAGCUUUGGCUGGUUGGCUGGUUUUAGCUGGUUGACCAGCCUGGUAUUAGAGGGGUUUCCAGCCAUUUGCAGCCUGGUCGUAGCUGGUCCAGCUAAAUCCAGGUAAAACCAGCUUGACUAGCCUGGUUUAAGCUGGACAUAGCUGGUUUU